AUGCCUCUCUCUCAUUUUCCCAUUCUUUUCACACUUUCUUUCUUUCUUUCAAUCUCUCUUCCUCUAUAUCUGAUAUUCUUUCUUCCCCUCCCACAUUUUUCCCUUUCUUUUCUGAUUUUUUUUCUUUCAUUCUUUUCGCGAUUCUUUCCUCUCCCUCUUUUUUCGCUGACUUUUCUCACUUUCUUUCUUUCUCUCAUUCUCUCUAUCUCUGUUUCUCAUUAUAUUUCGUUGUUUAACCAGUUUCUCCAUUCUUCCCUCUCCCUCAUUUUUCCCUUCCUUUUCUCACUUUCUUUCUUUCUCUCAUUCUCUCUUCCUCUAUUUCUCAUUUUCUUUCUUUUAUUAACCAGUUUCUCAAUUCUUACCUCUCACUCGUUUUUCGCUUUCUUUUCUCACUUUCUUUCUUUCUCUCAUUGCCUUUGUCUAUAUCACAUAUUCUUUCGUUUUUUUCAAGCAGUUUCUCUAUUCUUCCCCUUCCCACCUUUUUCCAUUUCUUUUCUCACUUUCUUUCUUUCUUUCAUUCACUCUUCCUCUAUAUCUCAUAUUCUUUCAUUUUUUAACCAGUUUCUCCAUUCUUCCCUCUCCCUCAAUUUCCGCUUCUUUUUCUCACUUUCUUUCUUUCUCUCAUUCUCUCUUCCUCUAUAUCUCAUUUUCUUCCUUUUCUUAACCAAUUUCUUCAUUCUACCCUCUCCCUCAUUUUUCCUAUUCUUUUCACACUUUCUUUCUUUCUUUCAUUAUUUCUUCCGCUAUGUCUCAUUUUCUUUCUUUUUUUUAACCAGUUCCUCCAUUCAUGCCUCUCCCUCAUUUUCCCAUUCUUUUCACAAUUUCUUUCUUUCUUUCAAUCUCUCUUCCUCUACAUCUCAUAUUCUUUCUUUUUUUUUUCAACCAUUUUUCCAUUCUUCCCUCUCCCUCAUUUUUCUCUUUCUUUUCUCACUUUCUUUCUUUCUCUCAUUCUCUUUUCCUCUAUUUCUCAUUUUCUUUCUUUCUUUAAUCUCUCCAUUCUUGCCUCUUCCUCCCUUCCCCUUUCUUCUCUCAAUUUCUUUCUUUCACUCAUUCUUUCUUCCUCUCUUUCUUUCAUUAUUUAACAAUUUUCUCCAUUUAUCCCUCUUCCUCUCUUUUUCUCCAUUCUUCCCUCUCCCUCCCGUCUCCCAUUCAUUUCUCACUUUCUUUUGUUCUCAUUCUCUCUUCCUCUCUUUCUUGUUUAAACACUUUCUCUCUUCUUUACUCUACCUCUCUUCUGUCUCUCUUUUCUCACUUUCUUUCUUUCUCUUUUUCUCUCUUUCUUCUUUUCUUUCUUUAUUCAACCAGUUUCUCCUUUCCCGCGUUUCUUAUAUUCUUUUCUCACUUUCUUUCUUUCUCUCAUUCUCGCUUCUCCUGUUUCUCAUUUUAAUUUAUUUAACCAGUUUCUCCAUUUUGGACUCACCCUCUCUUCUCCCUUCCUUUUCUCUCUUUCUUUCUUUCUUUCUUUCUUUCUUUCUUUCUUUCUUUCUUUCAUUGUUUCUUCCUAUCGUUCUCAUUUUCUUUCUUUAUGUAUUCCGUCUUUCAAUUCUUGCCUCUCCCUGCCUUCUCCCUAUCUUUUGUCACUUUCUCCAUUCUUCCCUCUCCCUCCCUUCUCUCUUUGUUUUCUCUCUUUCUUUCUUUCUCUCAUUCUCCCUUCCUCUCUUUCUCCUUUUCUUUAUUUAUUUAACCAUUUCUCCAUUCUUGCCUUCUCCCUCCCUUCUCUCUUUCUUUUCUCACUUUCUUUCUCUCAUUCUCCCUACCUCUCUUUCUCCUUUUCUUUAUUUAUUUAACCAGUUUCUCCAUUCUUGCCUUCUCCCUCCCUUCUCGCUUUCUUUUCUCACUUUCUUUCUUUCUCUCAUUCUCCCUACCUCUCUUUCUCCUUUUCUUUAUUUAUUUAACCAGUUUCUCCAUUCUUGCCUUCUCCCUCCCUUCUCCCUUUCUUUUCUCACUUUCUUUCUCUCAUUCUCCCUACCUCUCUUUCUCCUUUUCUUUAUUUAUUUAACCAGUUUCUCCAUUCUUGCCUUCUCCUCCCUUCUCCUUUCUUUUCUCACUUUCUUUUCUCUCAUUCUCCCUACCUCUCUUUCUCCUUUUCUUUAUUUAUUUAACCAGUUUCUCCAUUCUUGCCUUCUCCCUCCCUUCUCGCUUUCUUUUCUCACUUUCUUUCUUUCUCUCAUUCUCCCUACCUCUCUUUUCUCCUUUUUUCUUUAUUUAUUUAACCAGUUUCUCCAUUCUUGCCUUCUCCCUCCCUUCUCCCUUUCUUUUCUCACUUUCUUUCUCUCAUUCUCCCUACCUCUCUUUCUCCUUUUCUUUAUUUAUUUAACCAGUUUCUCCAUUCUUGCCUUCUCCCUCCCUUCUCCCUUUCUUUUCUCACUUUCUUUCUCUCAUUCUCCCUACCUCUCUUUCUCCUUUUCUUAA